AUGCGUCAGAUGCGCAAGAGGGGGGAAGAAGAGGAGGAGAGGAAGGAAGUGAGGGAGGUGAGAGUGGAGGAGGAUGGGAGAGUGAGAGGGAGAGGGCUGUUGGUAGAGGGGGAGGAAUGGAGGAACGGAGUUCGGGUUUACAGAAACCAUAGAGAUGAUGGAGGAGGACGGGGAGGUGAGAGAGAAGAGGGGAGGGAGGAGUGGCAAGAGGGAGAGGAGAGGGAAGCGUUAGGGUUUGGAGAAAUCUUAGAGGUGGAGGAGAUGAUGAAAGAGGUAGGGGAGGACGGGAAGGAGGAGAGGGGAGCAGCAGCAACAACUGAAGAAGCUACAGCAACAGAGCAACUCAAAUACCAAACAUGGAACCUCAAGGUCUCAAUCCACUGUGAAGGCUGCAGGAGAAAAGUCAAGAAAGUUCUCCAGUCCAUUGAAGGAGUGUACAUGACCACCAUAGAUUCACAGAAGCAGAAGGUGACUGUCACCGGAAACAUAGGGCCUGAUACCCUCAUCAAGAAGCUGGUCAAGACCGGUAAGCCCGCCGAGCUCUGGCCCGAGCCCGAGCCCAAGCCCAAGCCCGACCCCAACAAUGGCAGCAACAAGAAUAAGAACAAGAACAAGAAUCAGCCCAAGCCCAACACUGAAUCCUCGGAUACCCAAGAGCCAAGAGAGCCGAAAGAGCCGAAAGAGCCAGAGCCAGAACCAGAGCAAAAGAACUCACCACCAGAUGAAGCUAAAGAGCCUCCAGCCGAAGGAAAGAAGAAGAAGAAGGGCAAAAAGGGAAACAGCGAUGAUAAUGGGAGUGAAGCUAAAGAGGCCCAAGCCACAGAAACCGCCGCCGCCGCCGCUGGCGGCGCCGCCACCACACCAGCAAGAGUGCUGCAAUUUACCAAUGUACCCUUGCCGCUGACGGCGGCGGCUCCGCCGCAGUAUGUGGUGAGCUACAGCGCCAUGCAGCCGGCGAUGGCCGGCCUCUACUGCGUUCCGGGGACGGCGGUGGCGGGCGGUGGAGCUCGAUUUCUUCACUGAAGAGAACGCUGGUGCAUGCAGCGUCAUGUGAUGUCUCGAUCUGCUGUGGGCUUUCAUCAGGAGUUUUUGUUGUGAGAGGAGUUUUGAGAGCAGAUCGAGAGUGAUCAGGUAGCAUGGAGAAUAUUGAAGUUGAGAGUUUUGUUAUGUUUAAUUAGUGGGUUUUAAUUAGAUGUUAAUUAAGGAUGUUUAGUUGUUAUGAACUUUUGAUGUGAAUUAAUUGUUGCUAAUUAAAUGCU